AUGACGGGAGUCCUAGCUGAGCGUAUUGGGGCAGCUACGAUCGUUCUCGAACAUCGCUACUGGGGUGAUAGUACACCUUUCCGCAACUUCACCACUGAAAAUAUGAAGUACCUUACCUUCGAGAACAGCAGGAAGGACAUAACAAAUUUCGCACGUCGAGUCCAGUUGCCUUUUGAUACCGACAAAAACGCCAGCAGCAAUUCUAAAAACGUUCCAUGGGUAGCUAUAGGUGGUAGCUACUUUGCUGCCCUGUUAGUAUGGACUGCAAGCCUUGACCCGGGCACCAUCUGGGCCUACUACGCUUCAAGUGCAUCAGUUCAAUCUGUUUCUGACUAUUGGGCAUACUUCCUUCCUGUACAAGAGGCUGGACCGAAGAACUGUACUAGAGACAUCUCUCUUGUCAUCGACUAUAUGGACGACAUUCUUACCACUGGUUCUCAGGACGAGCAACACGCACUCAAAGCCAAAUUCAACAUGCAAGACGUCGCUCAUAGCGACGAUUUCAUGAAUGCCCUGGCGCAUGGCCCCUAUCUCUGGCUAGGUAAUCAGUUCACAUACAACACAGGCUUCUUCACCUUCUGUGACUACAUUGAGAACGCCGUGAACGCCACCGCCACCGACCUCCCAUCUGAAGCUGGUGUCGGCGUCGAAAAAGCGCUCGAGGGAUACGCGAAAUGGUGGAAAGAGGUCGAACUCCCCAGUCACUGCGCCGGGAAUGUCUAUCCCGACUUCAACACUACAGACAAUACUGACUGCUUCAACACCUAUAAUGCGAGCUCCCCACUCUUCACCGACACGACGCCGAGGAAUGCCAUGAACCGGCAAUGGUUCUGGAUGAAAUGCAACGAACCAUUCGGGAACUGGAAAGUUGGCGCUCCCCCGGGACAACCAUCACUCGUUUCCCGCCUCAUAACAACCGACUACUGGGUUCGUCAGUGCGGGAUGUAUUUCCCUCCUGGACCGAAUGGAGAAACAUAUGGUCUCGCAGCGGGAAGAACCGAAGAGCACUUCAAUACGUACUUUGGAGGCUGGAAUAUUACCAACACAAGCCGGCUGAUCCUCGUCAACGGCGAAUUUGACCCGUGGAGAGAGAUCGGUGUUUCGGCAAAAGGGAGACCCGAAGGUCCGUUGCAGAGUACCGAGCAGGUACCAAUCGAAAUUGUGCCUGACGGUGUUCACACUAGUGAUUUAAAUACCAAGAACGGAAAGGUCAAUGCCAGGGUAAAAGAGGUGCAGGAUCGAGUGUUGAAGCAGUUGGUCGAGUGGGUUAAAGAAUGGCCUGGGGGAGAUAAGUGA